ACCAUCACCUCUAACCACCAACAACAACCACAACAGCCACAACAAAUAUCUAACGUCAGGAAAAACUAUAAGAAAAAAAAACUACGGCAGCGUCAACAAUAACAAUAAACAUCUCUACCACCACCACCACCACCACCACAACCACAACCACCACAACCAUCACCGCCAUCAGUAGCACCACCCCCACCUUCACCACGGCGACCCCUAACCCCAACACGACGACGACGUCGACGUCGACGACAUACACCGCUAACUCCACCGCCUCCACGCCCAUCACCACAAGCAUCCCUGAGGAUAACGGUGAGGUAUUACUAUUAAGAGGGAAAAUGUCCUUGAGGCGAAAAAUUUGGACACGAACUGUCAAACUCAAACGUGGUCUGUCAUUUGACUCUUCGCUAUUCACUCCUCGCUCCGAACCUCCGCAUUUACGUCGAGUUAGUUCUGGUAGCCUCACCAGCGGAUCAGACGAAAGUGAGGGCGAACCGUCGCCUCCAUUAUCACGGCGUGGAAGGCGAUCAGCUAUUUAUGAUGCAAAGAAUUUCGGUGAUGUCUCUCCAAGUACUUUAUCUCCAGAACUCUCACCAAGUAACUCUUGCGAUGAAGGCGAAGGAGGCAGUAACUUAGCGGGACGUCUACGGCGAAGGCGCAGCUCUGUGGAUAUUCCAAUGACAGUGUACCCAGGUGACCUUCUAGGACACAGAGUUCCACCCCAUAAUAAAAAGCUUACAAAACGAAAUACUGUGGCAGAUUUUGCUACAAGGCAAGAUUUACCCACCAUCUACUCUGAGUCAGUUGCUGAUUCUAAAAAAAGUCGACAAACAUUUUCUCUUCUCCGAUUGAUGAAGACACGGAGCAAAGAGAAUCUCACACAGCUAGAAGAAGUGCUAAUGAAAUUAAAACCGUCCGAGUUUAGAGAUAACACAUUAAUAGGAUACAAGAAUCUUCAUUGGUCUGAUCUGAUCGCGUCUCCAGACACAGAUGCAGAUCCAUUACGGCUAUCGUGCAAGGAGCUGAAACGCAGAGAAGCAGUAUGGGAACUUUUCAAGAGUGAAGUUAUAUUCUUAGUCGAUCAUCUUAUGGUUUUAAAACACUGCUUCAUGGAACCCUUGAAAAAGUGCCAGGUCGAAGGUCAUCUGAUGUUUGCUGAGCCUCGUUAUCUAUUCGGAAACUUGGAUGAAAUUUGUUAUGUGAGCUACACAUUCUGUAAAGAUUUCCUCUCGGCCUUACUCAAGAGUAUGAGCUCAACACAAUUUGGCAGCACGUCGGUUUUCAUCAAAGCCUUCCAGAGGUUUUCUUGCCACUCCAAGGAUGGUGAUGUUUAUCAUGUCUAUUGCCUCAAUUACAUGAAUGCUAUGAACUAUCUAGAGCAGCUUCGGAAACACGAAGAAUUCUGUGAAUUUGAAAAGUGGUGUGAACAAGACGCUCGCUGUAACAGACUACAGGUACCUGAUCUGCUAGUCGCUCCCAUUCAGCACUGUACCAAACUACCUCUCAUGCUCAGCAAUGUUCGCGCCUACACAGAAGAAGAAGAAGAACGUCAACAAAUCACAGAUUCCAUAGAGAAGGUGGAAAGCUCACUUUAUGAACUCGAAGACAAAAUGAAGUGGCUGAAAAACUAUGAACGAGUUAGGGAGAUCCACCAACAGCUAAUAUGGCCAACCAUACAAGAGAUUGAUCCCCGUGUGUAUAUCCCGGAUUUCAUGAAACACAUGUUACAGAAACAACCCUGUGAGAAGCUGCUGACAUGUCCCAAGAGGCAACUCAUCCAUGAAGGACAAUUAUCGCUCAUCGAAACAACCAAAACACUUGAUGCUUAUCUCUUUCUAUUUGAUGAUAUUCUAAUUAUUACAAAGUAUAAGAAAUCUCCAAGGAAACACCAGCGUCAAGCUGGUAUUGAAUCUGUACAGCGUCAGAAUAUAGUUCAGACAUUAGACCGUGGUACCUUCACUGUUUACCGCCAACCAAUUGCCUUAGACCGUUUGAUAAUGCACGAAUUAACUCCAUCAGAAUCAAUGUCGUGUGGUUUAAAAAACACGUUUAUGUUGCUGCAUAUCAGUCGAUUUCAACAGGUGAUUGGAGUUUAUACUCUCCAGGCUUGCAAUGAAACUUCCAAGGGCCAAUGGGUGACAACAUUGAAAGAUGCCAAAGAAAAGUACGCAGAUAAACACGGGCAAAACCCAGAAAACAGUGACAGAACCAGUACAGAAGCAACGUCACUACGGUCUGAACCGUCUUCGGAGAAAUUUCCUGACUGGACACCACUGAAAUACAAUCAUCCCAAGUCGAAAUCAAUGGACGUUGUGCAUUUCUGACAAUUACCACCCGCUGUUCAGCGAAAUCAAGGGAAGCUGAACAGCAUUUUCUACCAAAAGCAAUUCCCUGACCCAAUUGAAGAAGGAAAAAACACACCCGAAGAAAUGGAUGUUAUCUCUAAGUUUAAUAAUAUUGACGGAACGGAUUCUGAAACCAAAACCGUUGCAAUAAACCAGAGUGAA